UCUUUAUCAAUGGGCGUGGGGAAUGCGAAUACAACACAUUUUCUUUAUGUACAAUUGUUUCGAGCACAACAGUUUUCAUAUUUAUGUGUCUUUACUAAAUUAAAACUAAAUACAAAAAAUGUAGUGUCCGGGUAGUGUCAUCAUGAUCUCAAGUUCAAGCAGUGAAAGUGUUUAUUAUUAAAAAAUGUGUGAAAGAUAAACAAAAUGGUGACCUGUGAGUUGGAUAAAGAAGUUUCGGGAGAGUUGCUCGGGGUGAAGUUGCCGGCAUGGCAAGCACUUCUAUUGCAUCGAGUGCUGCCCUCCUGCGGCGGCCUCGUCAUCUAUAUAGUCCUAAUGUGUUACGAUUUUACUAUCAUAGUUGAACAUUUUUUAAAUGGAAGUGAAGGAAUGGGAGUAUUCUGCACAAUUCUUAUAGGAUUACCGUCACUGAUUUCGCUGAUAUUCACGUUGGCGUCACCACCACCUGGUUUCCGACCUGAUCUGACAGCAUAUUCGGUGACUGUGGAGAAGAGCGACAUAAAAUGGCUGCUCAUGCAGAUUGUUAACGCAAUCUUCUUUCCUAUUGCUGCUAUUGGAAGAUACUGCUACUUAAUAUUCUGGUGGGUGGAAGCAGUGAGUGCUUCUCGCAGUGAUGACGAGGAACGAACAAAAGAAGCCAUUCGAAUAGCUCGUGCCCCCUCUCCUGUUGAGCUGUACCUGUUCUUGCAGUCCUUUCUCCACGCUGCUCCUCAUGCCAUUAUCAACAUCCUUGAUCUGAUGGUUCGAUGGUCUGAUAUGACUUAUGAUAAAGUUUCAGUUCAAGCUAUAAGUAUUGUUGCAUCCACUCUGCGCAUGGCUAGCACGGCCACGAUGUACAGGAGAUUUGAGAGAGAAAAGAUAUGUGGACGCAAAUAUCCAUGGGGGACGCAAUUCUCUGAUCCACUACUAGAUACGAGUAAAGACGAAAAUGACAAUGCUAAACCUGAUGAUGCUGAUGAUGAUGCAGAAGCAAAUAAAACAAAAUCAGUAGACGAGGAAACUAUUUACGAAUCGAUCAGGAAAAAGGACUCAAUCAUUUCGGACAAUUCGAACAGCGCUAAAUUCCGAAAUACGCAUAGUGAUUUAAUAAAGUUCUCUCCACGAAAUACAGUUGAGAUGUCUUCUGCAUUCUUCGAUAAUGAAGAGAUUACUGAUUCAGAUACAAGCUCCGACUAUUUACCGCCUAAAAGAGAUGUUACGGGAUCACAAGAGUUAAAUAGUGAUGAUGAGUACAUUAGGCCAAUAACAAUCAUUGAUAGAGUUGCCCCAUUAAGACGAAAUACAGAUUACACAAUAGAGAAAGUGGAAAUAAUCCCGCCGCCUGUAAUGAUGGCUCCGAGACCGAUGUCAUUUGCCAUGUGGGCAGAGAAAAUGGUGGAGAAUGCGGAAUCUAUUCCGACUUGGUUAUCAGCACCACCAAGAAGGAAAUAUUGCGAUGAAGUAGUCCAAGACGAACCGGAUAUACCUCGACGUGUGCCACGAUCCUUCAUCAGAGGUUUAGAACCUCAGGAUGCAACAGCAGCAAUAGUGCACUUCUUGGGAUGGUACUCGUUUUUUGUAGCGCGUCUGCUCUCUAUAGCAUGUUUCAUCGAUUUCUUUCCGUUCGUUGCCAUCAUAGUUCUAUUUUCGCACUACCAGGUGAUGUUAUUGUUCCUGAUAGUGCCACAAGCGAGUACCGUGAGGAGAGCCUUCUACAUAUUCCUCGCGUUCAUAUACUUAUUCUGCUUGAUGGAGUUCAAGAUACGUUUCCGGCACGUGCGUGUGUGGCAUGUGUUCUGGGUUAUAGUGUGUACUAUAGAGACCGUUGUGUUCACCGCCGUCUGGAUUUCCAUAGACAAUACUGUGCACGAAUGGUGGCAAUAUUUUAUAGUACAAGUGAUUGUAGUCAGUCUUAUGUUAAGCUACAUGUGUUUCCUUUUUUAUUUCGUAGUAUUACAGCCAAGAGAGACGAUUGUUUAUUUAAAUAAUAAUAAAAGUAAUGGGAAAAGUUAGUAAGCGUAUAAUUCAUUUCGAUUACUGGGAACAAUCGAUAUAAGUAUCGAUUCGAUAGCCAUUACUCUGUAAUUGAUGCAACAGGAUAUUAUGAGCCGUAUUGGAGCCAGCUGCUCAUAUCCGUAUUCUUUCCAUUUACAUAAACAAUUCAUUUUUGAGAAACGGUUAUGAUCAUUGUUGUUUACAGUAAGAUGCGCUGAAUAGACAUCGAGGGGGGAAUAGGUACAGGAAAGGAGAAAUAGAUGUUAGGACAUUUUACCAACAUUUAUUCACCCCUUUCCUGUAUCUAUUCACCAUUUUAACCGACUUCCGUUCCAAUUCGUUGUUGUAUUCUUAUACAAAAUAAUUAUAAUAGUCAC